AACAAAUUUAAUAUUUUCAGAAGAGAAUGCGGUUGUUCACUAACAGCAGUAACAUCAACAGUUUGAAGGUUCAGGUGGCCGCCGAGUUGGCCGGCACGAAUUUACAAGUUGUAGGUGUAGCUCCAAAUGAUUCUAGGGUUGGAUUAAGAAAUAUUCUUCCUGUUCUGGAAGUUGAAGGAUCCAGGUUCUUUCUAUCUGCUCCAGCAGCAAUAUUUAUCCUACAGAACGCAGGAGUUCUCUCGGAUAAGGAAGUUGAAGCAUAUUCUGGAUUGAUAGAAUGGGAGAGUGGAACCCUUUAUCCAACCUGUCUGAGCUUCCUUCAGUCUGCUGCUAUCAAUAAGAACCCGGAUACAAGUCUUAAAACUCAACUCAACUCUGCUCUCACUCUUUUAGCUGGUGGAUGUGAGAAGGGUUUUGUGAGAGGAGAUAAACUAACCAUCCUUGAUAUCCUGGUCUGGUGCGAUCUCUAUCCUUUAGCCACGGACAAAAUAUUCAGGAAAGAGUUGGAGAAGUUUCCGUCCUUAGUAUCUUGGUUUGAUAAAUUAUCAGCUCUGGACUGUUUCAAGAAACCCAGUGAGAAGUUUGGUCGAGGUUUGGACGGAUGUAAGGGUUCAGUUAGCUCCUUGGUCGGGUUCACCAAGCAAGCUGUAGGAGCAACAGUUCCGUCGGAGCAGGAGUCGGAAACCAAACCCAAAGAGAAUCCAGUCUCCGAAGAGGAGAUUGCAACUGCUAAAGCAGGAUGGUCCCACACUGCUCAUGAGGCGAGACCAGUACCCGGAGCUGGACCCGUUCUCCCCGAGGAUGGGAAGAGAAAUAUUAUGAUAACCUCCGCUUUACCGUACGUCAACAAUGUUCCUCACCUUGGGAACAUCGUGGGUUGCGUUCUCUCCGCUGAUAUCUACGCCAGGUUUGCUCGGCUCCGAGGAUACAAUGUUCUCUUCAUCUGUGGAACCGAUGAGUACGGAACCUCGACGGAAACUAAAGCUGUUGAGGAGGGUUUAACUCCGCGUCAGAUUUGUGAUAAAUACAACGGACUUCACACCGAGAUCUACGAGUGGUUUAGUAUUAGCUUUGAUAAGUUUGGUCGGACUACAACAGAACGCCAGACAGAGAUUGCUCAACAGAUAUUUUGGGAUUUGCACAAGGAAGGGAAGACGAGCGAAGCGAGCGUUGAACAACUUCAUUGUGAGCCCUGUGACAGGUUUCUGGCAGACCGGUUUGUUGAAGGAGAAUGUCCACUUUGCGGAUUCUCCGAUGCCCGCGGAGACCAGUGUGAUGCGUGUGGAAAACUUAUUAACGCAAUAGAGUUGAAAUCUCCACGUUGUAAACUGUGCUCUAAGUGUCCAACUAUCAGGACGAGUAAUCAUCUGUUUCUGGAUCUACCUCAGCUAGAGAAGAGCCUGGAGCUUUGGUUGGACAAAUCCUCGGAGAAGUGGAGUAACAACGCCAGGGUGAUUGCUAAAUCCUGGUUGAAGGGUGGUUUGCAACCCAGAUGUAUCACUAGGGAUUUGAAAUGGGGAACUCCGGUUCCUUUAGCAGGUUAUGAGAGCAAGGUGUUCUAUGUAUGGUUUGAUGCUCCUAUAGGAUAUAUCAGCAUAACAGCUGAGUACACCUCUGAGUGGGAGCUGUGGUGGAAGAACCCUGAUAAUGUUGAAUACUGGCAGUUCAUGGCUAAGGAUAAUGUUCCCUUCCACAGUGUGGUAUUCCCCUCAACCCUUCUGGGGACAGGGAAGGAAUGGACCCUGGUAAACCGUCUCAUGUCUACUGAGUAUCUGAACUAUGAAGACGCAAAGUUCUCUAAGUCCCGUGGGGUUGGAGUAUUCGGGAAUGAUGCUAAAGAUACAGGGAUUCCAGCAGAUGUAUGGAGGUUCUAUCUGAUGUAUACCCGACCUGAGAACCAGGACUCCACCUUCAAGUGGGAGGAUCUCAUGCUGAAGAACAACUCGGAGCUGUUGGCCAACCUUGGAAACUUUGUGAACAGAGCAACUAAAUUCACUAAGGACAACUUUGAUUACACAGUUCCUGAGAUGUCUUUGAAUGCGGAGGAUUGGGAGAUAGUUUGUCUGGUGAACAGAGAGGUUACCCACUAUAUCCAGCUUCUAGAGGAUGCUAGGGAGAGAGAAGCAAUAUCUGCAGUAUUCAGCAUCUCUAGGCUUGGAAACCAACUCAUGCAGCAUAAUACACCUUGGAAACUUGUGAAGGGAGACGACAAGGAGAAGGUUCGUGCUGGAACUGUUAUUGGUAUCUCUGUAAACCUGGCCUGCCUUCUAUCCGUCCUAAUCCAACCCUACAUGCCGAACUUGAGCAGGGAGCUCCAGAACCAGCUGGGGAUACAGGAGGGAUCCUUGAACUACAUCCCGGAGAAAUUUUCCGUCUUACUACCUCCAGGACACAGGAUCGGAGAACCAAGUCCUCUAGUCGCGGAGAUAAAACAAGCUCUCAUCUCAGAUCUCAAGGUUCGGUAUGCUGGUAAACAGAAUACCCGGAUAUCUGCGGAAAGUAAACCUGAACCUUCUGCUGAGAUUAAACCUACCGGAGUAGAUCCUGCUGCUGCUGCCCUCCUGGAGGUUCAGGUUGCGGACCAAGGGAUAAAGGUUCGGGAUUUAAAAGCCAGGAAGGCUGAGAAGGAUGAGAUUGCUGGAGCGGUUGCAACUCUCUUGGAUCUAAAGAAACGGUUGGCAACUGCUCAGGGGGUUGAGGUUCAUGUCCCGGACAAGAAAGGAAAGAAGAAGAAAUAAAUUUGUAUCAACGUUUUUUGUUACACUUUCUCCUUAUAGCUUAAUAAAAUAUCCUUUCUGGGUUCCUUAACUA